UUGUCAAGCUUGUAUACUCCACCUUAAAACGUAGAAGCAAAAUGGCUAGUUCUGCUGAGAUAAAGAAUAUCAUACGUUGUGGGCAGCUUGGAGAUUUAAUCGAAUUCAAAUAUCCCAUUGGUUUUUCACACUGGGGGGUAUACGAGGGAGAUGGUCAAGUGGUUCAUUUCGCAGUUGCAGAUGAAAAUGAACUGCAGAGGAUGUUUCGCAUUCACAUAUUACAGAAAGUGUUCCCCUCAUGUGGGAGCAUUCUUCUGGGACAAACCAAGAUCCAGCGUGAACACAUCACUAGUGUGCCUGUGCCCGAAGGAGCAAAGAUCAAAAUCAGCAACAACUGUCAUCAUUAUCCAGCAUCUUCUGUUACAGAUAUGAGGAGGCGACUGCAUGGUUUACUGGGUGAAGUGCUUGACUACAAUCUGUUAUCUCAAAACUGUGAGCAUUUUGCCACAUUUGUGCGCUAUGGAGUGGCUGUGUGCAAUCAGGUACCAUUUCAUCAAGACAAAGUGCAAAGAGAAACAACCCACAUGUUUCAGGACAUCAUAGCUAAGAAAUCUGUGAGCAUGAAGUUUUAAAAAAGAACAGUGUGGUUUUUAAAAAAAAAAACUGUUAUACAUAUAAAUCUACACCAAAUAGCACAUAAUAUGGAAAAUAUGUAAUUUCUUUUCAAUAUAUUGUAUAUCAAUACCACUUACCAUAUUCUUUUUUUUAAUCAGAUUGAACAGUUCUCUUCAGGUUGUUCACUAAAAAACUCUGGGAUCUUAAAGAAACAGGUUUAUUUCUUCUGAGUUCACAUGAUACUUUUUUUUUGAAAAAGGUUGACACUAUCACACUAAUUAUGCAACAGCUCCUGGAGAAAUUGUGAGGUAGGGGCUCACAGAUGCAGAUCAGUUUUCCUGGGCCAAACAGUGAAAACAGCUCCUUUUAUGCCACAGGGUUCCUGAGAUAUUACCAUUCACCUAUCCUGCGUGAUUCGUGCUGUAUACAUAAGCAGUCUCAUUGGGCCCCCUUCCUUUCUUGAUUCAUAUCUCUCAUUUUUCACUUCAAAACCAGGUUUGCAAGGAUCCUCUGGCCAUUGAGACCCUGGAUCCCACUCCUACCCCUUACUGCAAUGCCUCUGGUUUUGAAAGGUUUUAUGUAAAAUCAAGGGAGAAUUAGAGAAAGCAAGAUUCACUGUCUCUACACUGUAUAAUCCUAAUUAAUUUUAAUCAAGGAUUGUUAAGUGUGUUAAUUAAGGGAUGUUCAAGGGGGUACUCAUUUUUGCUUUACAUGAUUUUUUUUCCAAAAUAGUGGAGGGACAUUCAAUGUGACCUACCUUAUUUUUAGAUUAAAUCACAAAUGAAUGAGCUAGGAGUAAUGGGAGCGAAGAG